CAGAUGUCUUCAUUUGCUCGACAUCAGAAUGGAGGUUGCGUUGAUGGCAUUUCUGUUAAGGAAUAUGACGACUCUGCUACAGCCAACACCUUUCCUCAAACUCAGUCAGAUUGUUAUGCUGCGGGCAAGGAAUUUGGGGAGCCUGAUAUUCUUCCGCGUAUAGGAGAUGAGUAUCAGGCCGAGCUUCCUCCACUAACUAGAAAGCCCAUUCACAUGCCCUACACUGAAACUGGACACCAUUCCCUCCAAGAUUUCUUCAUGGGGUUGUCAAUACCACUAAUUUGGAUUGAUCUUGGGAAAAGUGAUGGCCCUCAAACUGUUCAGGGGUUCAGACAUCCAUCUCAUAAGAAUGUGAUUGAAAUGGGGACUUUGCGCAAUGGUGAUAGUGAACCUUCACACAAUUCAGUGAAGGGGGAAGUAAAGAGUUUACCAGUUGUAGAGAAUAUACCAAUGUGCAUUGAUGAAGGUCAUCGUCUGGUUCCCGGAUUACCCAGUGAAAGAUGGAAUGAUGCUGAAAAAGCUAGUUUCCUCCUCGCCUUAUACUUGUUUGAUAAGAACUUUGUUGAAGUGAGGCGGUUCGUUGGAAGUAAAGGGAUGGGUGCAAUCCUCUUGUUCUACUACGGAGAAUUUUAUGGCUCUGAUGCAUACCGUAGAUGGUCAGAAGGCCAGAAGUCGAAGAGCAAGAAAUGUGUUUAUGGGCAGAGGAUAUUCUCAGGGUCGAGGCAGCAGGAGUUCUUGUCUAGGUUGCUCUCUAGAGUCUCUGAAGAAUGCAAAAGUGCUUUACUCGAGGUCUCUAAAACAUUUGGAGAAGACAAAAUAUCAUUAGUCGACUAUGUCUCUUCUCUGAAGGUUACAGUGGGGUUGGACCUCAUUGUAGAAGCUGUUGGUGUUGGUUUGGGCAAACAAGACCUGACCGGGAUGGCCUUGGAACCUCAGAGGUCGAACCAUGUGACCCGUUCAGAGAUACCAGCAGGAAAAGCAUGCUCCGCGCUGACAACUGCUGAAAUCAUCAAAUUCUUGAGCGGAGAUUACAGGCUGAGCAAAGCUCGUUCCAAUGACCUGUUCUGGGAGGCCGUUUGGCCUCGUUUGCUGGCAAGAGGCUGGCAUUCGGAGCAGCCCCAAAACCAGGGUUACAUUGCUGGUUCCAAGUUUUUGGUUUUUCUUCUUCCCGGUGUUAAGAAAUUCUCAAGAAGGAAGCUGGUAAAGGGCGAUCACUACUUUGACUCUGUCACUGACGUGCUGAGCAAAGUUGCGAAAGAUCCUGGCCUGAUUGAGCUCGACAAUGAGGAAGCCAAUGGCGGCCAGAACAUGGAGAAAGAUGAGUGGAGCAGCGAUGUGAAGAUGGAGGAAGACGAGAACCAUCUGCCUUCAAGGCAGCGGCAUUCGUAUCUGCAGCCUCGGACUCCCAAUCGCAGCAUGGAUGCUAUCAAAUUCACAGUGGUGGAUACGGGCCUCUCCGAUGGAAAGAUAAGAGAGCUGAGGACCCUUCCUCGAGAAAUAUCAAGCAUUAUGAUCUCUCUAGAUGCACCUGUAGAGGAAAAUAUGGCUGAAUCUGAUAUGACGUGUAAAUCUGGGCCGAAGAAGCUUGCUAGCAGAAAAAAUCGUGAUGAUGGCAAACCAGCGGCCCACCCAAAGAGAAAGAAGGAUUCAAAUGACAACCAGAAACCUCGAAAGGUCUCGAAACCUGUUCCAAGCCGGAAGCAGAAACAAGGCUACAUCGAAAAUAUCGUUCCCUCUAGCAAACGGUGCAGGAAAUUAAGUGGAAAAACUCAUGAAGAAGCUGGAGAUGGAGUGCUUCUCCACCCUCACUCGACCUCCACCGCGCCUAGAUUGGAAAACAGGGUGUCUUGCAGCUCCUCAGGUGGGCACGAGUCUAACGAGACGACUCAACUUGGCUUGUGGCAGGAUAAGUUGUCGUCUGCCAGCUCAUCAAGAGGUAGUCCAAGUGAGAGCACUGAAUUCCCUCAACCUCAGUUGUUGAUUGAUCUGAACCUGCCUCACGUAUCACUGGAAAUUGAGAAUAACGUCCUCACUCCAAAUCUGCCGAAUAACCAGCUGGUCCAGCCAGAUAGCCAUGGUUUACCAGCACCUUCACCUGUUGAGGCUAGUUCCGAGCAGCAAUGUGUUGCGAACACACGGAGGUUGAGCACGAGGUAUCGUCCUCCGACAACUCGGGCGUUGGAGGCUGUAGCAGGUGGGUAUCUGAGUAUAAGCCGGAAGAGAAAGGGUAGGGACACGAGCUCGCGUGAUGCACCACCAAGACCUUCACAGAAAUCCCGUGUCUGGCCUGGUCCAAGUGAAUCUCCCAGCAGUUCCAUGGCUUCUUCACCUUCACAGAUGAGAGAAUCUUCUUCCCAAAUAGCGGAAGCUGAUAGAGCUGCAAGUACAAGUGGUACUUCGAAAGCAUACAACCAGGACGAUGAGCUCCCAGACAGUGAGUUAGCAGCAGCCUGAGCUCAUAAUUAAGAAGCUAUUUUCUAAAACAGUUCUAUAUCGAGUUCUUGUCUGAAACACCAGAAACAGGAAAACAUGGUAUAAAUUCUUGCUUCCCGUAACAAAGAUGGAUGGUUCUCGUUGAAAUUCUUGAUUCUCAGUGAAACGAUGUUAGGUAGUGAUUCUUGAUGAUCAGAGAUAGUUCAUGCUGAUGGCACAUAUGCUUCCAUUCAUCCUCAAGGCCUGAAGAGAUGAAUAUGGAUGUGAGGGAAUCCUUGAGGAAUCAUGGCUAUGUGACAAGGGGUGUGGUAGCAAAUUUCUUCUUCUUCUUGUCUUCUCUUUUACCCUUAUAGUUUGAGUUUUUGCUGUGAUUGAUGAUCAUAUGAUAAUGAUAGUUGAUAGUAGUUGAUAAUUGCAGUAUUAAUUUCCA